UUGCGACCUAAAAUACAAGUACAUUUGUAAUGUCCUCCCAUAUCUUGGCAAGGACCCUAGUCGUCCCAGUGGAGAGAGACUGUCUGAAAAUGUAGUGAUGAUUCUGAUGGAACCAUUCCUAGACAAGGGCAGAAAUGUUACCACGGACAAUUUCUUCACAUCGCUGUCACUUGCGCAUAAACUUCUUAGCCGGAAAACCACCAUCCUCGGCAGUCAACAAGAUUCGCCGGGAAAUCCCUCAAUCCGCUAGACACACAGAUCGCAAUGAAUUCACCACUCAGGUGUUUUCAACCACUGCUGCUACGCUGACGGCGUAUGCGCCCAAACGGAAGAAGACCGUCUACAUUCUUAGCAGCAUGCACAGCGUGAUUCAGACUGAUAAUACCACCAAAAGGAAGCCAAACACUGUCACCCUUUACAACACCACAAAGUGCGGCGUGGAUGUGAUGGACCAGAUGGUGCGGGAGUACACUGUCCGCACAGGGACACGGCGCUGGCCAGUUGCCGUGUUCUAUAACAUGAUUGACAUGGCAGCACUGAAUGCACAUGUGCUGUAUCAAGCAUGCACCGGAAGGCAGGAAAGACGGGUGGACUUCCUGGUGGAGCUUGCAAGAGAGUUGGCUAACUCUCAUAUGUGUGCGAAGAAGGCAAGAAAAGAACAAUUGCUUCGGACACAACCCUCCACACCUAGCCCUGGAAAAAGAGCCGUGUGUCAGGUCAAACACCAAUGCAAGAACAAUCUUGCCACUGUGCGAUGUGUUCACUGCUACAGAUACACAUGUGGUAAAUGCAGACGGGAGAUACCAUGGCAGUGCCAGGAUUGUGAGUGAUUGCUGGAAUGUACUCACUUUUUAAUAUUAUUUGUAAAUAUGUGUACAAAUGGUUGGUUUCUUUAUUUUAUUUUGUACUAUUUUUAUCAAUAAAUCUCAGCAACAAAGGAAAAAAAAAAACAUGUGUGUUGAUUUCUCCCUAAGAUGGCAAAGUGAAACACAAGUUUCCUUGAAGUGGCUCAGUUUGGCCCCACA